UGUUUGUACAAAAGACUUGACUUAUUUAUUCCAGUUUUUAUUGAAAUGCGCCUAUUUUCCAAGAAAGUUGGAAAUUAAAUUAAUGGCUCAAUUACUGUAUUAUCAAUCGGCAGUACACGACUUAUAUAAAAUACCACAAACAUUACUUUGAACAGCAGAUAAAAUGACUGCAAACGUGUUUCAGCGAAACCUACGUCACCCAAUUCAUGUAUUAAUUUAAUAUGGAUCCUUUUCGUAUAUAAAUGAAGAUGAGCUGCUUCAUAGUUUCAUCACAUAAUAAUAACACGAACAGAGACGUCGUAUAUUUAUUUGCGGAAAAUAAAUUUUAAAAAAGUGACCAGCAUGAGCGUGGUACGAAUUAUUUUUUCAAUUUUGGCCGUAAUUGUGGCGGGGGCACAUUGCCGCCAAAUUACGUUCAACAACCGCUGCGGGAGGGAUAUUUGGAUUUCGCCCUUAACCAAUGGAAACGGUGCCCCCCUUCCCGACGGAAUUCGUCGCCUGUCCAACUCUGGCAGCUACACCUACCAGAUUCCAAACGGCGGGUGGGGCGGAAGAUUCUGGCCCAAAACUGGGUGUGAUGGCAGUGGUCAGAAUUGCGAGGUUGGACAAUCAAUGCCUCCCUGUCCCGCUGGAGGAUGUCAGCCACCAGCGGAAACUAAGGUGGAGUUCUUUUUUCCGAGAACAGGGGCAGCAGACAGCGUUUGGUAUGACGUAAGCCUCGUGGAUGGCUACAGUCUCCCCGCAGAAAUCGUCCCCAGUCGACAGGGUGGAUCUUGUGUCACGACCCACUGCAGUAUGAGCUUGGAUGCAUGUCCUUCUGGAGAAAAUCACGUUGGCGAUUUGCGGGUUUGGAAAGGUGGCCGUGUCGCCAUGUGCCUUGCCCCGUGCAAAAAAUGGAACUAUCCUUCUCCCUAUGGACUCGGAAAGUCAGAAAACAUUGAGCCAGGUCAACACCUUUGCUGCCCGACCCCUCCAGUCAGCCCAGAAAGUUGUCGCAAUGGGAUUGUGGUACAAACUCAGUACGUCAACCUUAUCCACAAGACAUGUCCUUCCGCCUACAGCUAUGCAUAUGACGACGAAGCUGGGCUUCACAACUGUCCGAACGACGUCUCAUUCACGGUGACCUUCUGCCCAUAACUUGUGGGCCAUAAGGCGUUAUUGGACUCAGCGUGCGGUUUAAAUCUCUUAUUUAUUCUCAACUUGAUCAUAAUUACAAAGACACUUUCCUCCUAAAAUAAUAAUAUCAAUCUCCCGUAUUUAUUAUGUUAUAAUAUUUCAUUAAGGAUGCAUUAUUCAAUUAUGUGUCUAAUUAAAGUAAUACAUUGAA